CAGGGAGAGAGGUAGAGAGAGGUAGAGUGGGGGAGGUGAGCGCAGAAAUCCCGCAGAGAUGCUCCCCGCGUCGGAAGCCGCGAAGAUCUACCAGACGAACUACGUGCGGAACUCCCGCGCCAUCGGCGUGCUGUGGGCCAUCUUCACCGUGCUGUUCGCCAUCGUCAACGUGGUGUGCUUCAUCCAGCCGUACUGGAUCGGCGACGGCGCGGAGACCCCGCAGGUCGGAUACUUCGGCCUCUUCCACUACUGCAUCGGGAACGGCGUGGCGCGCGAGCUGGCCUGCCACGGCACGUUCUCCGACUUCAGCUCCAUCCCGUCCGGAGCCUUCAAGGCCGCCGCCUUCUUCGUGGCCACCUCCAUGGUGCUGGUGCUCGCCUGCAUCGGCUGCUUCGCGCUCUUCUUCUUCUGCAGCACCGCCACCGUCUUCAAGAUCUGCGGCUGGAUGCAGCUCGCGGCAGGUACAUGCCUGGUCCUGGGCUGUCUCAUCUACCCUGACGGCUGGGAUGCGGAGCAGGUGAAGCGGAUGUGCGGAGAGCAGACGGAUAAGUACACGAUCGGCGAGUGCUCUGUGCGCUGGGCCUACAUCCUGGCCAUCAUGGGCAUCCUGGACGCCCUCAUCCUGUCCUUCCUCGCCUUCGUGCUGGGAAACCGGCAGGACGGCCUCAUGGGAGACGAGCUGCUGGGAGACAAGAGUGGAAACGCAUAAGGCGGCUCAGCUGGAGGAGGGUGACUCGAUCAGUGGAAAGGAAAAGAAUUAAAGGAAAAGAAGUCACAUGAUCCAAUCACCUUCCAGCUUUUUACCCAGCAUCCUCCUCGGCUUAGGCCUGUAUGUUUAAAGGGGAAAGAAAGAAAGAACGACGUCCAGAUUUUUUAAGAAAAAAAGGCUUUACACGGUGGUGCGGACUGGACCAGGCAGCUACACACACACACAGAGCUGUUUAGUAUGUUAGGAUCGGUGUCAGCAUUUCACUAUCUGUUUGUGUUCUUAUAUACACACACACACACACACAUACACACCUGAUAUAAAUGUGCCAGUGUUGUUCGUUAUUUUAACGUUAGUCGAGCAGACUGUACUCUUGAGGCGAACCUGUCUGAGGAGACUGUUACCAUGGCGACGGAUAACAAAGAGAGGAAAACGGGGCACCGCGGCGACCUUUACUUCCUCUACGUACCACAACAGAGGUGCCAAAAAAUAUGUAUCACAACAUUUAUUUCAAAUAUUCUGUAGAUAGAUGGUGAUGAAAGCUACGUGUCAGUGCUGUGUUGUUUACUUCCAUGUUAAAGCGUUAAACAAACAAAAAAAUCACAAAAUAUAAACAUCACAAGAAAAUGUUGACUUUUCAUAAUUUGAGAAAAUAAUGUACAUUCUUGGCAGAAUUAUUUUGUUUUUAGUGUGAACUGCAUCUUACAGCUACAUGCUAGCUAGCUCAGCCCUCACCAGAUAGCUUAUACACGGCCUUCAUGUUUCCCAGUUGCUUAGCAACAGAGUUCCCCGAUGGAAGUGUAUAUUAGCUUGCUAGCUCUCGAGAGGAGGGAGUAUGGAGCAAGGAGAGAUAUGGAACACACACACACACACACACACACACGUGUGUAUGUGUGUAACAAAAAUGAAGUUCCUUAGGAAGGACAAGGACUCCAUGUGAGUUGAGAGUCUUUGGGGGAAAUAGUGUUUUUUAAAUACAUUUUCACUAUUUAAAUAUAAUUUCAUAUAAUUUUUUGAUUUAAAUUGUAUUUAGAAUUAAUUUCAUACUAUUUGAUGGU